UCUAACUUAAUAGCUUCUUUCUGCAGGGACAUUGUCAUCCAAAGAUUGUUAAAGCAUUACUAGAACAGGCAGAAAGGCUCACUCUUAGCUCUAGAGCCUUCUAUAAUGACAGAUUUCCAAUAUUUGCAGAGCAUCUAACCAGCAUGUUUGGUUAUGAAAUGGUCUUACCAAUGAAUACUGGUGCCGAAGGUGUAGAAACAGCUCUGAAGUUGGCAAGGAAAUGGGGCUAUGAGAAGAAAAAGAUUCCCAAAGAUGAGGCUAUCAUUGUCUCGUGUUGUGGCUGCUUCCAUGGUCGUACAUUGGCUGUUAUUUCUAUGAGCUGUGACAAUGAGGCUACUCGUGGUUUUGGGCCCUUGUUGCCUGGCCACCUCAAAGUUGAUUUUGGUGAUGAAGUUUCUCUUGAGAUGAUAUUUAAAGAAAAAGGAGAUCGGAUAGCCGGAUUUCUUUUUGAACCUAUCCAAGGAGAGGCUGGGGUAUGUGUCCUUGGUAACUUAAAAUAUGAUCAAUUUGGAAAUGUGCUUUUAUUUUAUAUUUUCAUUCAAUCAGAGCAACAAGCAAUGAUAGGAUAAUAAUUUAUAUAUUAUAAUUUGUCGCUUCUA